AUGAAAACUAUCACUAUUGUCGGCGCAACAGGAAACCAAGGCCUCUCCGUCGCAGACGCCUUCCUCCCAGUACCCGACUGGCACGUCCGCUGCAUCACUAGGAAUCCCUCGUCUCCAAAGGCACAAACACUCGCCUCUCUCGGUGCCAGUAUAGUCAAGGCGGACCUCAGCGACACAGCCUCUCUAGGUUCCGCCUUCGUCAACUCCAAUGUUAUCUUCGUCAACACAGAUUUCUGGGGGCCCUUCCAUACCACGGGAAGCUACGAAGCGGCCUAUGAGCAAGAGAUACAGCACGGCCGGAACGCCGCUCUCGCCGCCGCAACUGUGCCUACUCUAGACCGUUUUAUAUACUCCACGUUGGCACCGAUGAAGAAGCACUCUGGUGGGAAGUACCCGCAUUCGCACCAUUGCGACACCAAGGGGGAGAUCAUGGAGUUCAUUGAAACGCAGACGCCGGAACUAGCGCAGAAGACGUCCUACAUUAUCAUCGGUGCAUAUGCGACCAAUCCUCUUUUCAUGCCGAGAUGGGAUCCAGACAGCCAGAAGUAUCAGUUCAUCGUGCCGCUGAAGAAAGACCAGAAGAUGCCGAUCAUCGCCGCGAGACAAUCCACCGGGGCUUUUGUCAAGGCACUGGUUGAUGAACCUCCACGGACGAGGUUGCUCGCGUAUGAUAGUGAACUAACUAUUGGGAACAUUGUGGAGGUUUGGACCAGGGCUACCGGGAUUGAGGCUGAGCUGGUUGAGGUGGAGGCUGUAAAGAUGCAUGAGCAGCUUGGUAUUCCUUGGGAGAUCUUGGAUGCGUUUUUGUUUAUUGGGGAGUUUGGAUAUUCGGAUGGCAUUGAGGGUGUGAUUCAUCCAAGCCAGCUGAAGACGGAUCUGCAGACAGAGUCGUUCGAGGCGUGGUUGAAAAAGAGGAACUGGAAGGAGGUCUUGCAAGGGGGUGGGACGGAAUUGAAUAGUGUUGUAGGGAGUGCGCCGAGGUCGUGAUUGUUUCUACCAUUGUUUGAUCUACUAUUGC